ACUCCCCUUGCCCCUCCGGCACAGGGGCUUAUCUUAACAUUUUCUGGAAUCCUCUUAUUCAGCUUUCAUCAGAAUCAUUCACACCACAGGCUGUUGGGGCUGCUCUUUCUUAUAAGAGGAGAGUGGAUGUAGAUACUAUAGGUUCUGAACAAGAUGUCUCUCACUGAGGUUUGGAUUGUGCUGCUGGUUGGUUUAACACUUUGUCAAGCGGCACCGACCAUAGCUCCAACAGUUUCACCAGAGGAAGAAGACCUUGCUCAGGGAUAUCUUUCUCAGUUUUACGGUGAUGUUGGCACGAGUAACUCCUCAGUGCGAGGCAUCGUCAUUGCCAACAACUCCUUCAGCGAGGACCUAGAGGCCAUGCAGUCUUUCUUUGGCCUGGAGGUGACUGGUGUCUUGAAUAGAGAGACCUUGGAGGCAAUGAAAGCACCGAGGUGUGGUGUGUCAGACAUCAGCCGAUAUGGACACUUCGGCGGGAAACCCAGAUGGGAGAAAAGGCUGAUUACAUACAGGAUCACAAGAUACUCUCCAGAUCUGACGCAGAGGCAGGUGGAUAUUACCAUCGCUCAGGCCUUCCAACUCUACAGUGACGUCAUCCCGCUGGACUUCAAACAGAUCUACUCUGGCAACGCAGACAUCAUGAUCCUUUUCAAGGGCGGAUAUCACGGGGACUUUUACCCUUUCGAUGGAGCGGGUGGAGUCUUGGCUCAUGCUAACUCUCCUGGACAGGGCCAGGGGGGGGACACUCACUUUGACGAUGAUGAAACCUGGACUCUUGCCCAGAGAGGCGUGAAUUUGUUGUUGGUGGCGGCCCAUGAGUUCGGCCAUGCUCUGGGCCUGGAUCACUCCAGGGACAGACGUGCACUGAUGUACCCGACCUAUCAGUAUGUCAACACACAUGGGUACAGGCUACCUGAUGAUGACAGGCGUGGGGUUCAAGCCCUUUAUGGAAGCCGUACACCAGUGCCCACAACAGCACCAAAACCAAAACCAACUCCUCGUCCAGAACCCGAACCAGAGCCAGAGGAACCAACGGAAGGACCAGACCCUCGGCCCAACCCCCGAGAUGAGCAGUGCAGCCGCGCGCUGGUGUUUGACGCAGCUACCUCCAUCCGGGGAGACCUGUUCUUCUUUAAAAACGGAUAUUACUGGAGAAAGAGUUCAUCUUUCAAUGGGAUCCGUUUCACGAAAGUGAGAACAAAAUGGCCUGGGAUCAACUAUGUCGAUGCUGCGUUUGAAGUUCCACAAAAUGAUGCGGCGUAUAUGUUUGAAGGUCGUCAAUACUGGGGCAUAAAGGCUUAUGCAAAGACAAUAAUGCCAGGUUAUCCAAAGUCUAUCAACACCCUCGGCCUCCCCUCCUCUGUCACAAAGGUCGACGCAGCCGUUUAUGUGCCAACUACUGGAAAAACACUCAUAUUUGUGAACAAACAGUAUUGGAGCUACGAUAACAGCAGAAACCAAAUGGACGGUGGAUACCCACGAUAUAUCUACCAGGAUUUUCCGGGCGUUGGCUCCAAAGUAGACGCAGCCUUUGAGAAUUACGGAUAUCUAUACUUCUCAAGUGGACCGAGACAGAGUGAGUUCUCCCUGCUGUACAAGAGAGUGAUACGCGUGCUGCUCAACUACGGCUGGCUCAACUGUUACUGAUACACAAAUAAAUGAAAAUGCUGUUAGCGUGAACAACC